GAACCAAUGCAAUGGCAUUAUUCCAGGUGUUGCUGUUAUUGACGAUAGUGUUGCUUCAAUUCAUUCCUGCAAAUGGACAGGAUGCAGAAUUUUAUGACUUGUCAACCUCCAAAACACAUGUCCAAAGAGAAAUUGUAGACCAACACAAUGAAAAAAGGAGAACAGUUUCUCCACCUGCCAGCAACAUGCUGAAGAUGGAUUGGAGCAGCGAGGCAGCAAUGAAUGCCCAAAAUUGGGCAAACAAGUGCACGCUUUCACAUAGUGUGAUAAUGGAUAGAGAAAUCUCUACAAGCCACUGUGGUGAGAAUCUCUUUAUGGCAAGCUACCCUGCCCCAUGGUCACAAGCAAUUCAAAGUUGGUAUGAUGAGCACCAUGAUUUUAUUUAUGGUCAAGGGCCAAAAUCCCCAGAUGAAGUUGUUGGACAUUAUACCCAGGUUGUUUGGUUCUCAUCUUACCUUGUUGGAUGUGGAAUGGCCUAUUGUCCCAAUCAAAAGAGUUUGAAAUACUUCUAUGUUUGCCAGUAUUGUCCUAGUGGAAAUCUCAAGAGCAAAAUAAAAACCCCUUACAAACAAGGGAAACCUUGUGCCAGCUGCCCUAAUGACUGUGACAAUGGACUGUGCACCAACAGUUGCAAAUAUCAAGAUGACUAUUCUAACUGUAAUGAUUUGGUGGCUAUGGUGGGCUGUAACCACCAAAUAACCAAAUACUCUUGCAAAGCUACGUGCCAGUGCCAAAACAACAUUUACUGAAUAUGUAAUGCAAGCUGAGCAGUGCCAAUCAUCUACUUAGAUUUAACA